AGUUCUCCAGCCGGGAGCUGAGGAACGAAACGGCCAAUAGAACGUGCUCAGGUAUACCGAUCGAGAGACCAGACCGAGAAAAACCAUUUCGCCUCUAAUCGUUUAUUUAUUAUUUUUCGGUUUCGUCCUGUCACGAUUUGAAUCAACAAUACGGUAACGCAGUGAAGUGGAUUUGUUGUUGUUUAUUUUUGUCAAUAUUUGAUUUUCACGUUGUAAAGUAAUAGCGAGAACGAAACACCAGUGAUUUUGACAGUGGCAGAGUUGAGUGCUAUUUUGAUGUGUUGACAAUCGAGGAAUCUUCAUGAGGGAUUAGACAACAAGGAGUCGCUGAAAUAGCGAGUGAGGUUACAGAAGUGUCAACAUGCGGGAGAGGAGAUGGCUGCUGCUUGUACUGUACGGACUCCUAUUGGCCUCCGCUGUUUCCGGGGCCCUCAAAGCAACCAGACCAAAAUUCAAAAUUGCAACAACCUCAACGACCACAUCCACAACCGCGGAGCCGGAUGUCGUUGAAAAUGAGGACGGCGAAGCCGAGGGAACGACGACGUCGAGCGAUGUGAACGCAACAACCGCGCGUGUUCUCACGGGAAUUCCCCAAAUCGACUACAUUUGGGACCCGAAUUUGCCUCGCGAGCUCAACGGCUAUAAUCUCAGCGAAUAUCCUUUCUACAGCAGCAUUCCUGAAGAGAUUAAUUUCAAAUGUGACGGGCUUCACGACGGCUUUUACGCAAGUGUCCCGCACAAAUGUCAGGUUUAUCAUCACUGCCUGUACGGUACGCGGUACGACUUUCUCUGCGCGAAUUUCACGGCGUUCGAUCAAAGGACGUUCAUCUGCCAUUUCGCGUCCGAGGUCGACUGCGCCAAUUCGAAAAAGUAUUGGCAUCGAAACGAUGCGCUGUACAAAGCAGCGGAGACGACGACGCUCUCGACAACGACAACGUCGACGUCGACGACCCCGAGUACGACGACGACCCAGGGAUCGCUGCCGGGCCCGCGUCCCGGGGGACGGAGAAGGCGGCCCUACAGGAGACGACCGGCGUACGAUUAUUACGAAGAAUAUUACGACGACGAAGCUUACGAGAGAACGCGACCGCGCGGAUACGACAGACGAGACGAGUACGAGUACGAGGAGCGGAAAUACACCCGACGAGAUCGAGACCGAGAUAGAAAUUACCGAGAGCGAGACUACAGGGAGCGAGAAGCGCCGCGUUCGAGGGAACCCGAUCGACCGUUGAGGGAACCCGAGAGAACGAUCAAAGAGGAACCGCCUCUGAGUCCGAGGGAGAGAUUCCCCUCGAGGAACAAUCGUCGCGAUCCCGUCAGACCAGCCGCCAUUUUGCCCAGAGAUCCUCUCGUCGAAGACGAGCCGAGAAACCGGAACCGGGAUCAGGAUGCACCGAUUCGAGGCAGAGAACCCGACGACGGGCCGUCCUUCGAAGACAGAAGACCGCUGGACUCGAGAAACCGAGAAGUCGACGAUCGUCGCUACAACGACAAAGGGUACGCGGACGAUUACGAGGAGGAGCCAGUGCCGUCGGGCCCAGCCGCGUCUUCGGGGACCGCGGAGGUUCUCGUGAAGCCUGCAGCGCCCCCGUCCUCGGUGUACGCGAGGCCGCGUGCACCACCGAAGAUCCGGCGACCGGUUCCCAUUACGGAGCAAGAGAAAUUCGCUUACAAAGCCACCACCCCGCCUCCCCCUCCCGCGCUCGAGCCACGAAGACGUCCGCUCGAUAUUCCUCCUCCCGAGGACGAUUACUACGAGGACGAGCUCGAAGAAGUGAGGCCACGUCGCCCGGCGAGCCGCAGGCGACCCGGCUUUCGCGAUUUCUACGAGAAUCCGAGGGAUCGCGAUCGUGAUCGACCCUUCAGAAUGAGGUACCGCGAGGAGGAGGAGGAGGAGGCGGCGGAGGAGCCGGAGGUGAGACCGAGGAAGCAUCCGGAGCGGAAUCGGGAGCGCUAUUACGAGCGGGGACCGGAAAGAGGGCGAGACAGAUCGUUGGAUCGAUCGAAAGAUCGAGGGAGCGAGAGGAUGCCGGAAUUGACGCGUGAAAGGACGUCGGGAAGGGCGCAAGAAUCGGAUAGAUCGAACAUCGGUCGUCCGCUCGAUCGUGAGCACGAGAUCGAGCGUCCGAGGUUACCGUCAAGGUCAAAGGAGCCGGUAGCAGAGGUUUUGGAGACAACGAGACGUCCGAGUUUCUACGAGAGAACGAGUUUCGCGCCAUCAACGACCUCGACGACCUCGACCGAGGAGGCAGCUUUCAAAGGCGACGAUUCUGCUAAGCCCCCGUCGGAUAAUCGCGACAAUUAUCACCAGGGUAACCAAAAUACCGGAGGCAGGAACGCGCAGGAGGAAGGAAACCGCGAUUACGAGAGGGGAAAGGAGCGGUACGAGUCGCCGCGAUCGGAGAAUCCGCCCCGGGACCAAAUCUCAUCUGCAAAGGAAACAAACAAGCCGAGAAACGAGGCUGAAGAAUACGGAUCGUUGGAGGAAGAUUACGAAGAGCCGGAGUACCAUCGAGCGCCACCGUCCCCACCGAGAACAGCGGUGAGGGUCGUCAAACGACCGUUCCUUCCGUCGAGAGGAGGCAACCCAAAUCCUCGAGGACUCUCCCUCGUUGGUUCCAAAGCUCCGGAGUCCUCCAGGGAGGAAGAGGCGCCGUUGAACAAGCCGGCUCAGAGUCACGCGGACGGCUAUCGAAGCGUGGAACGCCACGAGAACGGAGCCAAAUCUCACGAGCCCAACGAAAGACAAAGUUACGACGCGUACAAAGCGAUCCAGAGAGAGGGAGCUCAGAAAACGAGGUCGGAAGAUUACGAGCAAGUUCUUACGAGACCGGCGACAAGAACAAGACCGCUCGACGAUUCUCGCCGAGAAGAAGAUAAAAUACCUGCUCCGGUGCCGGCUGAGAGGAACCGCGAUCAAUCCCAAUCCCCGAAAAGCCGCGACAAAGAAAAUCCCAGCAUCGACUCCCGGGAUACGAAUCCAAGAAACUUGUCCGGACCACAGGGAAGAUACUCCGAAACGGAGGGCAACUCCAGCCCUCGCGAGGAACCGAUUCCCACGUGGACCAGCCAGGAAUAUCGUCCGGAGCACGGCGAGGCUCACCGAGGACCGGAAUCGAGCCAACCGGUGAGCAACGCCCCGCCAAAUCGUCCAAAACAACGGGUCACCGAAACUUCCGGUUACUACGGUUCAUCGUACGCGAGAGAAUCGAGCAACGAUCGAGAUUCCCAAGCGGUCUUCCAGUCCGGGAACUUGCCGAGCAACGGACAAACGUUGAACGAGGUUGUAACGCACGAUCGUCUUCAGGACAUACCGGAGAGCGAAUACGACGUCACUCUGAACGAGGCGCUCACACCGUCUUUCAACAAUCAAGAGACGAACCUCCCGAGCGGCUUCGUCCUCCCGAUUCAUCGGCAAUUGAGCAGAGAGCCCAUUCUCCAGUCGACCGAAAACAGCUUCAAAGUAUCGCGUCCCUUCAACCAGCAAGCCUCCUCGUCGCAGAGUCAAUCCCACCAGCACAAACCGUUUCUUCCGAGUCCUCAAUUCGUACCGAUCGGUCCGAUCGGCACCGCCCCCCCAGGAUCCAACGAAAGAUCGAGAUCGGUCCAGUACUUCAGAACUCCAGAAGCGGUCCACGUAACCGGCCCCCAAUACAGACAUCAGAGAGGACCGUGGCACGAUUACACCGGCUAUUGAGACCCCAACUCCGAGGACUCGUCAACGACGACAACCAUUUCGGGUUGUCAAUUAAACGCCCGGGGUUCCACAGUUCAACAAUUACCGAUAGCAAUUCCACGAGCUGAAAAUCGUCAAAGUUCUUACUAUUAUUUAUCAUGAUAACAAAGAUUCCAACCAUUCGAUAAGAACAAUUCCAUGAAAGAUGAAAUUUUUUUUUAGCCAUUUCUGGUACUCUCAAUUGAGCUUGGAAUGUCCUCUCGGCCAGAGGUUUACGGAAGUUCCAAUUAGAUCGAAUAACGUUACGAUUUCGAGUUUCGAGUAGAGUUUUUAUAAAGUACUCAUAACUCAGCGAUUAGGUGUAACAAGCAUCAAAGCGAUUUCAAGUACACACAUUAAAGGCGAGCGCGCGAUUCCAUUCAAUUGAAAUUCCCAAACGACGAAUUCAAGCUGUACCCUAUACCUACGCAGAGAACGGCAAUUGUAAUAAUAUUAAUAAUAAUCAAAGCAAAUUCAACGACGGUACGGAAGAAUUUACAAUAAUAAAAGCAACAAAACGAAGAAAUGUUUUCUUCGUUCACGCCACUUCUGCUGCCUCUAACGUCAAUCCAUUAUUUUCCGAACUAAAACUCGAUCCGGUCAUUUCACGAAUGUUGUUUUCUCUCUAGUGGUCUUGUGACAUAGAUUUAAACGGGGUACACGGGAAG